CACUCUGCAGCCGAUAGCCAAUAAGCUGCCGUCAUUCCAGAGUCAGUUCCAAACGUUCCCUGAGACGACGGUGAUCCCGGAGACGGGGCUGCCAAGUGUGACGCCGGUGCCAGUGACCGCGAGCCCGACGCCCAGCGCGAGUCCUAGUCAGUUAACCCAGCUCACGCAGCUCACCACGCCGGCGUCGCCCGCACACCUCACCACGCUGGCGCAGGUGACGCCGCUCUCCACCACGUUGACGACCCUGUCCCCCGUCAACGCCACCACAUUCCACACCUUGACCGCAGUCAACGCUAGAAGCUACCCAUUGGUGCCCGCACCCCUACAAGCGCGAGAGCUCGCACCGACCCAAGCGUACAUCGACGACAGACACAUACAACUGUACCAACCGAACAUUGCCACUAUCAACGCCUUCCCCACUCAAAACGGGAUCUUACACCAAAACGGGACCCUGCUCCAUCAGAACGGCAGUUUAAUACAAAACAUUCAGAGUCCGACUGUCGUUCACGUGUUAAAAAAUGAGCCGUUUGACGUCAAAUCUCUGCAAGACAAAUACACUCCAAAUGGGCUUCAUCAUACUAAUUUCCAAAAUCCAAUGUUGAUUGACAACGGAUAUGAGAAGAAGACGAAUGGGUUUGGAAAUGCGUCGCCGACAAGAUCGGACUUUAGGAAGAAGGAGAGACGGAAAAUGAGGGCGAACAGUUCAGAGUCUGACGGGUCAAACAUGGAGGUGGGUUCGGAAAGCAGCGGGCAGGUCGCGGCCGUGUCCUCCACAGCUGGGUUCAAGUCGCCCAUGCACGGCGCGCCUCCGCUGAACACGGGCCCGAUGGAACUCGACGACAUUUCCAGCGAAAAACAGACGAAGAAGAAGAGAAAACGUUGUGGCGAGUGCAUCGGGUGCCAGCGGAAAGACAAUUGCGGCGACUGCGCACCCUGCAGGAACGACAAGUCGCAUCAGAUCUGCAAGCAACGUCGGUGCGAGAAGCUGACCGAGAAGAAGAGUUAUCGCGGCCGCAAGCCUCUCGGCGGAGGAGGAGUAGUCCCGGUCGGUUUGAGCCCAGGAGUGGCUGCCGCGUCGCCGUCACCCGCGCCCCCCGCCGCCGCCGCCGCGCCCUCGCCGGCGCCCGCGACCACGCCGAGCAUGAAGCAGGAGCAUCCAUCGCAGCCAAUGGCACCCAUGCCUUUCUACGCGGGAGACCCAAACAGGUUCCCUGCAACGUGGCAAACCGACCCAUCACAAGGUUGGCAAAACCAGUUCAUCCAACAACUUCCGACACAGACUGGCCAAACCACCCUAGAUUACCAGGGAAACCACACCGCCUACGCCACCUCCCCGCACUACCAAGCCAAUACCACGUACACCGUCCAAAACGUCGCUACUACCUUCGACGUCACCAAUAACACCUAUUACCAGACUCCCGUGCAGUCAGUGCCAGCGCAACGGCCACCAUCGAACCGUGGAGCCUACACCCCCGUGCCCAGCCCCAGGGCUCCGCACUACACGGCCGAGUACCAACAACAGUACGCACAACAAGCACCUACACCCGGAACUACCUCCGGCAACGACUCCAGACCAGCCUCAGCUGCCUCCUACCCCAACUCAAUACCCACAACUGCUGCACCAGUCUACACCGUCAGCCAGCAAAGCUACGACAGAACUGAAUACACCACCGAGCACACAGAAGAAUUCAACAACAUGAAUAACGGAGAAAAUGGGACGGGAGAUACGAGCAAUGAUGGAGAGAGACAAGAACAGAACACGCCGAAUGGACAGCAUUCGGGAAACGCCGAGCCUGGGUACCUGCAGGGGAGCAACGGUCCGCGAGCUUCACUCGAUUGUAGCGGGUAUCCGGGCGGCUACAACAGCGGACAAUAUAGGGAAAAUGGCCAAGCCAACCAAAACGACUGGCAACAACGCCAGUGGCAGCACAACCAAAGAUUACAAAACCAACAAAUGCAAAAUCAACAGCUACAAAACCAACAACAAAUUCAAAACCAACAGCAGCAACAGAUGCAAAAUCAGCAAAUGCAGAAUCAACAGCAACAGCUACAAACCCAACAACAACAACUACAAAAUCAACAGCAACAACAGCAGUUACAAAAUCAGCAACAAAUGCAAAAUCAAAUUCAAAAUCACCAAAAUCAACUGCAACAAAAUCAACAAAUGCAGCAGCAAAGACAAGAGGAGUCUGAGCAGCAGAUGUUCUCGCAAUCAGACAGGGUUAAUUUGAAUUCGAGACUGAAAACAAUGAUAUUAAACAAACAAAACCAUACACGAGACGGCACUAACACGCCGCCUGACAAAGGGGACCCUGGAGAAGGGCCGCCACGGGUGAUAGACGAUAGAAAAGGCGGAGCUGUGUCCGUCAACGAUGACAGGAAUACUACCGGUCAUUUUUUAUCGUAUAGCCACCAUCUCCGAGAUAAUUACCGUUUAGGCGAGCAGGCUUAUCCUGCCGCUGGUAAUUAUGCACAAAACGCUCACGCCUAUGGCGCGAGUGACUUCGGAGGUGGUGGCCACCACGUAUGGGAGGGCGGGACGGAGGUCCCGCGGGGUUAUGAUAAACACGCUACUACUAAGAACGUAUCCAAAACUCCUCAGAAGUUACCAUCUUACGCGGAUAUGAGAGGCCAGUUUGGUACCUACUCGAAUGUUCCAUAUGAAGCGCAAAAAUAUGCAGAAAUUUACGGUAGCGAUAGUUUAGGUUAUAAUCAAGAUAAUAAAGAUUUUCAAUCAAAAAUGCUAAUUGGACCAGUAUCGGAAAUGAAUCAACAAAAUUGCGCGCCGUCGCGAGAUACAAACGCACAAACGGCAGUUUAUGACAGGGAAGCUUACGAUGCCAAGUUCAGGCAUCCUUCAGCGCCUUUAAUUCCUAAGCUUGAAUUGCCUGACAAUUACCCGAAACAAGAACAUCAAAGGAUGAUGACCCAUCACCCGUAUCAAAAACAACCUGAAAUACCAAAUGCGUAUAGAGAAUAUCCCAACGGGAUUGUGCCUAGAUCGCAGCAAAGCACUGUAUUACCACCGAUAUCAACAAUAAAGCAGGAAAACUUUGGUCCUAAACAGCAAAAUUACCAAAAUUUUCAACAAUAUCCUUACGAACAGAGAGGCGGACCUACUGAUACGUAUUCACAAAUGCCCCGAUUACAAGAAAAUGUAGGCUUCCAAAAAUACAAUAAAAAUUACAAUCAUACACCAGUAAAUAAAGAAACAGAAAAUCGCUUGAACACUGAAAGAGCUGCUUCGGUAGAACAGCCCAAACCCCCUUACUAUAUUGAACAGAUAAAGUCUGAACAUUCUCCUCCUGGACACAAAAUAUACAAAAAUCUGAACUAUGGACCACCAAGAAAUGAGCCUUAUUUAUACCCUGGUGAAGGGGGUCCAAUUAUAAUCAAGAAUGAAGUUGGUUAUGCGUGCUGCCGUCAAGGCUCCACAAAGAAACCACCUCCAGAACAUCUGAGAGACGGAGCUUGUCCAGGCCUUCAAACCAAAGACGAAGUUCUAGAAGAUGAUCCAGAGAACGACAAAGAUACAAAAAACCAAAAGCCUGCCACUCCUGGUCCAGAUUUAUCAAAGACGCCUAGAGAAAACCACUUCAAUUAUUCAAAGGAAUAUUUAGACAAUUUAGAAAGAUUGCGUAAUAAUUCAAGAACAGAAGUGCCUGACUGCAAUUGUUUUCCAGCUGAUAAGAAUCCUCCAGAACCUGGCAGUUAUUACACACAUUUAGGAGCAGCAUCUACUCUGGCUGAACUACGAAAAGAGCUGGAGGCGAGAACUGGCUUAUCAGGAAAAGAACUACGGAUAGAGAAGGUCUGCUAUACCGGCAAAGAGGGCAAGACCGCACAAGGGUGCCCUAUGGCUAAGUGGGUUAUAAGACGCUCCAACUACACAGAGAAAGUUCUAGUGGUGGUCAAAUUCAGAAACGGUCACAAAUGCGCUACUUCUUGGAUUGUAGUGUGCCUGGUUGCUUGGGAGGGGAUCCCACAGUCAGAAGCUGAUCUAGACUACACUCUGCUGUCACAUAAGCUGAACAGAUACGGUCUACCGACGACUAGACGGUGCGCGACUAAUGAGAAUCGGACUUGUGCUUGUCAAGGUCUAGACCCAGAGACAUGUGGCGCAUCUUACAGUUUCGGCUGCUCCUGGUCCAUGUAUUACAAUGGAUGCAAGUACGCCCGUUCAAAAACCGUCCGAAAGUUCCGGCUUUCGGUCAAAACUGAGGAGAGCGAGAUCGAAGAACGCAUGCAUGUGCUGGCCACGUUGCUGAGUCCGCUGUAUAUGAACCUCGCGCCGAAGUCGUUCGAGAAUCAAUGCCAAUUUGAGAAGGAGGCGUCGGAUUGCCGCCUCGGCUUUAAACCUGGUCGACCAUUUUCUGGUGUGACAGCAUGCAUAGACUUCUGCGCGCAUGCUCACCGCGACCUCCAUAACAUGAACAACGGCUGCACGGCUGUGGUAACCCUUGCUAAGCACAGAGCUCUAUCCAAGCCUACUGAUGAACAACUCCAUGUCUUGCCACUGUAUGUGCUGGAUUCAACAGACGAGUUUGGUUCAAAAGAAGGACAAGAAGAUAAGAUCAAGAAUGGCGCCUUGGAACUCUUGGACAAGUACCCAAUGGAAGUCAGAGUACGAUCCGUGCCCCUCCAACCAUGCAGGCGACACGGCAAAAAACGAAAGGACGAAGAAAGCACAGAAUCCAACACGGCACACGGCAACGGACAACAAGCAAGCCCUAAUAAUCAAAAGAAGCCACAGCAAUGUUCAACCCCUGCACCGAAAACUCCACAACCUAACGAUAUCCGAAAUAAUGCCAGUCCUCGCAGUCAAAACAGUGCGUCACCUCGAGCUUUAACACCAGCUCUGAAUCAAUCUAAUCCGUCAGCGUUCCAGUCUAAUAAUCCACAUUACAACUCGGCAUUCAUCAAUCCUAAUAUGCAUAAUCAGUCGCCAAGUUUAAUGAAUCCAAAUUUAAGCAACCCUGCGCUAUUAGAUAUGGCAAGUAUGAUAGACAACUUUACAGAUGCGCAAUUACAAAGCAAUCAGAUUUCUAGUACUGUGUUAGAUUCGCCCUAUAAUCAGUAUGACCAAAGUUACAAUUUGCAUCAUCAGAAUAGUUUAUAUAAUCCAAAUCAUGUGCCUCCUAUAUUAGAAGGAAACUGUCAAAAUCCUAAUCCUAAUCCAAAUCAAUUGCCAAGUUUUGCGGCUGGUCUGCAAAAAAGAGAGCAACAAUUCGAUCAAAACCCUGUACCAAUAAAUAAUCCCACUCAAAAUCAAUGGCCAGACUUUGGUAACGCAGAGAUGUUUAACAAUGUCGUAAAAGAAGAUCCAGACUCAACGACAGCUCAUUUAAACAUACCACCGAAUAAUUAUAGUCCAGACUCAAGAAGUGAGACAAGUUCAGAUCCUGCAGCACAAAAAACUGCAACUGAAACAGAUAAACGAAAUUCGAUACUUGGUGAUAUUAACAAGAUGCCAGAUUUUGAUAUGCCAAGUUCUCCUAGGUUAACAGAAAUAUCUCAAAAGUCACAAAGUACUCCAGAAUCACCAGCCCCAUCCCAAAUCCCAGAAAUGAAAUCGCCCAGCAGCGAUCCCAACUUGUCACCAGAUGUUCGUAAAAGCGUUUGGAAAUCUCCCGAAUCAAAGAAUUGGGAUCCUUCUAAACCCAAAGAAUCACCAACAUCUGAAAAUGAUAAUUCGCUAUUUAGAGUCCCAAAAGCUAGACCUCCUUCUAGGUCGCAACAUAUUAAUCCUCCCGAGGUCACAGAAAAUUCAACAUUUUUAAAACCAUAUCCACCCUCUGAAAAACCACAUUUGGUUCAAGGUUAUGAUCACCGAAGCCCCUAUGAUAAUAGGAUAAAUAACCCUAAUCCUCAAACAUCAGCACCGCAAACUAAUUACACUAUAAGUCACGAAGACCAGAAUAUGAGUGCAGCCAAUAAACCUGUCCACGAAUUCACUGGCAACAACUUUCAUCCUGUCAAUCAAACGUCAUACGGAAAUCAAACCUCAAUACAAAGUUACGGAAACUAUCCACAAAUGCCUAAUGCUUAUUCAUUCCCACCAAAUCCAUAUGGACACUUUAACCCUUACGAAAAUUCGUAUAACGACUACAAUAGUUUAGCUUACUAUAAUGCUGAAAAAUAUAAGAGAGAGGAGCUUCUUCGAAAUCCCCAUUGUUACAACUCUUAUGGGUACCAAUACAAUCCCAAUUUUGCGCCGAAUUUCUAUCAAAACCCAAGUCCAAAUUGGUGUCAAUCAUCACCUAACUGGUGUUUAUAUCCACCACCGUUUUCAAUCCCAUAUCCUCCAGAACCCCCUAAAGCUGAGCCCAUUGGUGAAGUGACAGAGUUUACUGACAAUUUAGAAUGCUUUAAAGAUAGUCAGAUGGGUGGAGUGGCCAUAGCUUUAGGCCACGGUAGUGUUCUAUUCGAGUGCGCAAAACACGAAAUGCAUUCAACAACAGCAGUUAAAACACCAAACAGGAUGAAUCCCACCAGAAUUUCUUUAGUUUUCUAUCAGCAUCGAAAUUUGAAUCGACCAAAACAUGGUUUGGAGGAGUGGGAAGAAAAGAUGAGAUUAAAAAAACUGGGCUUGAAUCCACCAACACCUGGUACUCCUGGACCAAAUUCAAAUUCAUUAUCACCAGCCACAACGCCUGGCCCUGACCAAAGGCCACCAACAAUGGCAGAAAAGUGGAAGAAGAAUGAAAACACUAUACCUGGAGGGUAUACAUCUUUAGCAGCGUUAGUUGAAGCGACUAACGCGGCUCGGAAGAGUGGUCAAAUAAGGAUGAGAACUGACACGCAAACGACGAUGUCGUGGACUACUCUCUUCCCGAUGCAUCCGUGCACUGUGACGGGUCCGUACCAAGAGUCGGGCACCUGACAUAAGCCUGGCCCGGCGACGGGGCAAUGUUCUUCCAACGUCAAACGACGGAGUGACGUCCCUUCCUUAGCUAUGUAGGGUCUAUGUUGCCUUUCCAUUUGUAGGAUUCUAAUUAGAGAGACGUGCUUUCCAAAAAAAUUGUAGUUCCUGGAUUUAUACAUUUUAAGAUUUGUGAGCGUUCGGCACAGACUGGUCCUAUGUGCUGAUUCCCGCGUUUCCUUUCCGCGUUGUUGGAAUUGAAUACGUUUUACGAAAUAUUUUUAAAAGUAUACCGUACCGAGUGAGUUUUUAAUCAAAGAUGUAAUUUUAAGUUCUAUUUUAUAGUGUUUAUCGCAUUUCAACUAGUCUUACGUUACGUUAGUAUCGAUCGUGUAAUGUCCAAGAGUGACCGUAAUGUUCGUGUAGAUUUUUUUGUAUAUUCUUGUCGUAUUUUAGUUGUACCGUUAACUUGACCAUUUGGAAUUUAGUAUACAGCUGCUGUAUAAAAUAGUGUCGUUAAUUUUGUCUGCAUAUUUUGUCGGUGUUCUCUAAUUAAGCGCGCGACGUGGUCACGUGGUCGUGUGGUCACGUGGUCGUCGUGCGGCGCGAUGAUCUCAUAAACUACUAACCCUACAUUAAUGUAACUUCAGAACAAAAGUACAAAACAUCACAAAAGGUUGUAGAGGCCUGGGGAGCAGCGGACACAUUUGGCAAUCGUGUUUAUUGAUAUUUUUGUACCUUUGUCUGCGUAUAAGUUGUUUUAUUUCUAUUGUAAUUUAAUUUACCAUUCCUGACGUUCUGAUAUUGUUUUGGCUUAGUUUAAGUUUGAACCAUUGAAUCAUGGUAGCGCAUUGUCGCCGCGUGUAUUUUAUUACCACAAAGAUAUGAGUGCUUUUCUAUUAGGUUAAGACGUGUGUAUUUUUAACUUUUUAGAAUAUUUAACUUAUUUAUAUUAUUGUAUUACGUGACCCUUUUAUCGAAUCAUUUUCUUUGUAAUAAUUUAGUGUUACGGUAGACGUUAAUAUUUAAUAUAUUUGCUUUACGACUACAUUAAAUUAUUGCAGUUGUUUUAUGCAUGUUCAGACGCCAUCUUUACUUUCACGUCGAGUGCCUGGUUACCUGUACUAUGACGUACAGCGAGCGAGCCUUCCAACACCCUUGAUGUUCCAACUUCAGUUUACAUUCACGGAACUAUUUCGGUCUUAUUAUUUGAAAAUAAUUUGCAAAUCUAAUGAACUUUCUUAUAACUUAGCGACGAUUAAAUUCUAUAAAAUUAGUUACAUACAAUAAAAGAUGAAUAAUGAAAUACAUAUAAGAUAGAGUAUUUGCGAAAAGUAAACAAUUUCUGGCGCUUGGAAAGAUUAUAAAGUAGGCAUAUUAUUGAAAAAUGAAUGAAAGCAUACUGAGUGAAUAGUUAUUAAUAUAUAAUUAGAGUUAAGAAAAGUUUGUUUUAAAGAUUAAACUAUCGAUAUAGUUUAUAUUUUUUACGUGUACGUAUUUAUUGAAUGGUAAAUUUAUCGGGACGAACGUGAAAUUAUUUAUAGGUAAAAGUUUUGUGAGCAAAACUUAUAAAAACUAAGCAAUAAUAGUAGCCACCGGGGUCUUUGUACAUUGUAGGAGUGAAAAUAUUUAAAUUAACUAAUGGUGCGAUAAUUCGUCGAUCUUAUGGUAAAAUUUGAUGUUUGAACUCUACCAAAAUUUGCCUAAAAAUGUAUUCUGAUAUUAUUUUUUGUAUAGCAUUGGUAUAAUGCCCUAAGAUCUUUGCCACUUGUUAUUUCCAGACGCAUCGUAUGACAUAUCAGAAGCAAUCAGUUUUAACAUUAAGGAUACACACACAUAACAAUUUGUUACUCAUAUUGAUUGCAACUUAAAAAAGAAUGGAAAGAGAACAUGUUUGUAACAAAAAAGCAGUUGGAACAUAAUAUUAAACAUUUUUCAAACUUUGAUCAUAAACAUCUUUAAGAAAAAGUGAACAUUCUUUCAUAAGUUGUCAACCUUCACCAGCCUGUAUUAAAUUUUGUACUACAGACAAAUUUGACACCAAAUUGUAAAAUUAAAAACGUAAUUAGUAGAUGAAUGUUCGGCCUGUUGUCUUUUGUAUGAGAAUGUAUCAUGUAGAAGCCACUAGAACCUGUGAUAUAUCCAUAAAUCACGAGUGUAUGACUGCUUGUAUGUAUGUCUUAUUGCGUGCGUGGAUAUUACAUUGACGCAAUGUUUAUUUCGUGUAAAGACCUCAAGUUAGAUGAACUAAAAUAACUAUUAGGGUGUUUAAAAAUGAAUUCUUAAUAUUGAUUUUGGUUUGUUACGGAAUUAAUUUAGUUUAUUGUCAAUGGACAAGUCGAACGUUUUAAAAAUUAUAACCUUCUUUUUUGAAGUCGGUUUAACUGGAUAAUGAAUUUUGGGAUGCAAUGAACUAAUUUGAGGUCUACAAAUGCAUUUUUUCUAAACCAAAAACGACCAGUAUUGUCAAAAUGUAACCAAAAAUGUCAUGUUUUCAGUUUUGUGGUGAAAAUGGGUUAUUACCAAUGUACAUGAUUAGGUUACGAAGCGAGAUCGCUAAUAUAACGAUAUUUUUAUUGUCUUCUGCCAAAACAAGAGAGUAAUCAAAUGUGUCAUGUAAAUAGA